UCAGAGGGGUGGGAGCACAGCUGAUUGCAUAAUGCUCUUCAACAUCUGACGACCAACUGUUGACACUUUCUGACCCUCCGUCUAUUUGCUGUUUAAAAGUUCGUCCUCAGUGCAGGUCAACAGAGUAAGCUGAAGUGCCAUGGCUGCCUUCCUUCAUCACUGCCCCUUUCUGAAGUCAGUUCCUAAGCCAGCUUUGAGGAGGACAGGAGCCGCCUUGCUGUCUCUGGCCGAUCAAUGCCCCAUCAUCACUCGCCAGAUCACCGUGGGCGGUCCGGCCUCUCUGGAUGCAAAGCUGAGCGUCUCACCCACCCAAGUGAAGAGUCACCAACUUCCCACAAUGGACCAAAGGAUGAUGUCUACUCAAACGGCCUCUCAGGUGGCUGUGUCUGUAUCAAAGGGCUGCCCUUUUGUCACCUCUCGGAUUGGGAUGGUCCGAGCCAGCCCUGAAGUACAGGAGGACGUCAAAGAAGGUUUGAUGACUUCUCUGUUUAAGGGUUUAAAAGAUUCAAUCCUCCCAACAUCAGUUCAAACCAACACUUUCACCCACUUCCUUAAAGACAACAUGGUUGGCCCCAGCUACGACUACGACGAUUUCUUCAUCGAGAAGAUAGCUGAGAAAAAGAAAGACCACACAUACAGGGUCUUCAAGACGGUGAACAGGAGCACUGAGGUCUUCCCUUUUGCAGAGGAUUACUCUGUUUCUGGGCGGGAGGGCUCCCAGGUGUCCGUCUGGUGCAGCAACGACUAUCUGGGAAUGAGUCGCCACCCGCAGGUCCUCAGUGCGAUCAGAGAUGCCCUCGACAGGCACGGUGCAGGAGCAGGUGGGACCAGGAACAUCUCAGGCACCAGUAACUUCCAUGUGUCUCUGGAGAAGGAGCUUGCCCAGCUACACCAGAAAGAUGCAGCUCUGGUCUUCUCCUCCUGCUUCGUGGCAAAUGACUCCACCCUCUUCACUUUAGCUAAAAUGCUGCCAGGGUGUGAGAUCUACUCAGAUGCAGGGAACCACGCAUCGAUGAUUCAGGGCAUCAGGAACAGUGGAGCAAAGCGUUUCAUCUUCCGCCACAAUGACAGCCGACACCUGGAGGAACUGCUGCAACGCUCUGACCCCAAGACACCCAAAAUAGUGGCAUUUGAGACUGUGCACUCGAUGGAUGGUGCCAUAUGUCCUCUAGAAGAGCUGUGCGAUGUAGCUCACCGUUAUGGAGCUCUGACGUUUGUUGAUGAAGUUCACGCUGUGGGCCUGUAUGGAGCCCAUGGAGCAGGAGUGGGAGAGAGGGACAAUGUUAUGCACAAGAUUGACAUUGUGUCCGGGACCUUAGGAAAAGCCUUUGGCUGUGUGGGGGGCUACAUUGCCAGCAGCGCCGCCCUAGUGGACACAGUGCGCUCUUUCGCAGCUGGCUUCAUCUUCACCACUGCCCUGCCACCAAUGGUCCUGGCUGGAGCCCUGGAGUCUGUCCGGGUCCUGAAGAGCCCCGAGGGGCAGGGGCUCCGCAGAGCCCACCAGAGGAACGUCAAACACAUGAGGCAACUUCUCAUGGAUAAUGGCCUGCCUGUGGUCAACUGCCCCAGCCACAUCAUCCCCAUACGGGUGGGCAACGCUGAGCUGAACACCAAGGUGUGUGACACCCUGCUGGAGAGACACAACAUCUACGUCCAGGCCAUCAACUACCCCACAGUGCCUCGCGGUGAGGAGCUGCUACGCCUCGCUCCGUCUCCUCAUCACAAACCUGCCAUGAUGGAGUACUUUGUGGAUGCACUGGUGGAGGUGUGGCGGGAGGCAGGGCUCCUACUCAACAGCCCGGCCACGGCUUCCUGCACCUUCUGUGACCGCCCGCUGCAUUUUGACCUCAUGAGUGAGUGGGAGAAAUCCUACUUCGGUAACAUGGAACCACAAUAUAUUACUGUGUCUGCGUAAUACCAAAGCACACCUAGUUUCUCAACACAAGAUACAAAUACAGUAUGUGCAUAUAUUUAAUGCUAAAUUUUGACAUCAUUUUAAAUGAUAAAGUCCUAUGUAAGGUGCACUGAGAAGAGUACCAAUGUAAAGACUUUGUAUUUUUGUUUAAAUUUUCCCUAAUGUCAGUGGGAUGGACUAAAUUCCAGUAUUUAUUCAUGUUCCCUUGUAUUAUUGAAGAAAAUUGUGCCUCCUCCAUUUUAGAAGCAUAAAACCUGCACAUUGGGCACUUUCUUUAAUAUUUUAUCUAGAUGUGAUGGUUUGAAUUAAUCUAAUUUCAUGUUGCGUGUUUCCCUUUAUACCAUAUAAUCAUCAUAACCAUCAUGUAUUGUUUCCAUUUCCAAAAUAAUUCAAUUACUUAUGUGUCAGUCAUAAAAUGUAUCUGCUGAAAUUAAUUGGUUCAAAAAAUAUUAGAUAAUGAAAUACAGCAUAAUAAAACAUUCAAU